UUAUUUAAACACAUCAAUUCAGUUUUACAGUGCUGCGUGCCCCACGCAAUAGAAACACGCGCAGACCGAAUAAUUGUAGUUACCUAGAAACGUGUGGGUCGUGCAUUGUUAUAUGUUAAUAUCAGAGUAAAACAAAAACGAGUUGAUGAAAUCCAAUCAAGCUCGUUAAAAAUAAACGUCAUCUUAAAUAGUCUCAUUGAUUGUGUAUGAACUUUGUACAAUAACAACUAGUAAACAUCGGAUAAAUAUAAGUCAAAUAUUUAUCUUAAUAAAAAAAAAUCGCAAUUAAUGGGCACCUCUUCAAUAAAUUUAUAAAUGUAGAUUUGCAUUAAGCGGAUUUAUAGAUAAGCAAAACUAUCAUCAGUUGACGUCCUGAUAAUCGACGGUAUAUAGAAAUAGAACCGAGUAUAUCGUCAUGAUAACGCAUAUCAGCUUUUGUGAUAGCUAGUCAGUCGUCGAUGGAGAGGACACGCUGACAAGAAAAAAUACGUGAUAUACUUGUGGUGUAAAUAAAUUCUUAUGCGAAAAAGUUUGUCAACGAAGUUAAUAAAAUCCAUGUCAUAGCAAUGGCGGACUAUGAAGAGAAGGGCAAAAAGAACAGCUACACCGUGAAUGAUUUGUCUAAAGUUCAAUUCACGAAAAAUGGCUCCGCUAACGACAAAAGCAGCAAUGCCGACUCAGAAACAAAUGGAAACGAAGUACCAAGUGUAUCAUUUAUUACAUUAUUUCGAUUCGCCACCGGAAUGGAUAAAUUAUAUAUAUUCUUAGCAAUAAUCUUCUCAAUAUUUUGUGGAUGUAUGACACCAAUAAAUACAUUAUUGUUUUCAUCUUUGCUACAAAGUAUGGUAAGAUUCGGUAUCUUGGGCGAAGCUGACGUCUUCCUCGAUGCAAUCAAAACCUUUGCCAUAAAUAACAGCAUAGUUGGCGCAAUACUUGUUAUAUUCUCCUACCUCGCGACUGUUCUUAUGAAUAUAUCUGCUUUUAAUCAGGUAUUCCGGAUCCGUCAGGAGUAUUUGAAAGCGGCUCUGAAUCAAGAUUUCGAAUAUUUUGACACACACCAAACAGGAGACUUCGCAAGCAAAAUGACCGAUGAUGUUGUUAAACUGGAAGAAGGUAUAGGAGAAAAACUGGCAACUUUUAUAUUCUACCAAGCGUCAUUCGUCAGUUCCAUAAUAAUGGCACUCGUUAAAGGGUGGAAAUUGGCCUUAUUGUGCUUGAUUUCUUUCCCUGUUACUUUAUUCUUAGUUGGAAUAGCUGGGCUGAUUGCUUCGAGGUUAUCUAAAAAAGAGGCGAUAGCAUCCGGCAAAGCAGGUGCAGUGGCCGAAGAGGCGCUAUCAGCAGUCCGGACCGUUUAUGCAUUCAGCGGCCAGAGAAAGGAAAUAGAAAGAUAUGAUGGUCACCUUUCGGAAGUAAGAAAAAUAAAUAUUAAAAAAGGGUUUUUCAACGGAAUGGCAAUGGGCACGCUAUUCUUUUGUAUUUUCUGCGCAUACGCCUUAUCAUUUUGGUUCGGCUACAAACUUAUGGUUGAAGAGCCAGAAACAUAUGACGUGGAUACCAUGAUAGCUGUAUUCUUCGGUGUUAUGAUGGGUUCAGCCAACUUCGGUAUAUCGUCAACAUUAAUGGAAGUUUUCGGAGUAGCGCGUGGCGCCGGCGCUCAAAUUUUUAAUUUGAUUGACAAUAUUCCCUAUAUCAAUCCAUUACAAAACCAAGGUGUUACGCCCAGCUCCAUUGAAGGGAACAUUGAACUAAAAAACGUAAUAUUUCACUAUCCAUCAAGACCGGAUGUUCCUGUCUUAAACAGAAUUAAUAUAAGUGUAAAACGGGGUCAGUCAGUGGCGCUGGUGGGACACUCGGGCUGCGGAAAGUCCACUAUCAUUCAGCUGAUAUCUAGAUACUACGACGUCAUCGACGGCAGCGUUUCCAUUGACGGUAAUGACGUAAGAGAACUCUCAGUGCGAUGGCUACGCGCGCAAAUCGGACUCGUCGGUCAGGAACCGGUGCUGUUCAACACCACAGUCCGGGAAAAUAUACGCUACGGACGGGAAGACGCUUCCGACGCGGACAUCGAAAUGGCCGCGCAACAAGCGAAUGCUCACGAAUUUAUCAUGAAAUUACCUUCAGGAUACGAUACACUCGUCGGGGAGCGUGGGGCUUCGCUCUCGGGCGGGCAGAAACAGAGAAUCGCUAUCGCCCGUGCAUUGGUGCGCAAUCCUCGCAUCCUAUUGCUUGACGAGGCGACCAGUGCACUCGACACGUCUUCGGAGGCAAAAGUUCAAAAAGCAUUAGACAAGGCUCAAGAAGGACGUACAACAAUAGUCGUGGCACACAGACUGAGUACGAUUAGAAACGUUGAUAAGAUUUAUGUCUUUAAAAGUGGAGAUGUUGUAGAAUGUGGAAGUCACACUGAACUAAUGAACAGAAAAGGACAUUACUUUGAUAUGGUGAUGUUACAAUCCUCACCGGAUAUGAAUGAAACAGAACAAGGCAACCCGUUAAAUCGUACGAUAUCAGUUCAAAGUGAAAAAGAUGAAGAUGAGCAUGUAGAAACUAGAAUUGUAGAAAGUGAUCAAUCUAUGGACGCACCAGACAUAUCUUUUGCCCAAGUUGUGAAACUCAAUGCGCCGGAAUGGAGAUCAAUUGCAGCAGCGAGUUUGUGUUCACUUGUCAGUGGAUUUUCUAUGCCACUGCUUGCUGUUAUCCUCGGUGACUUUAUGGGUGUUCUCUCAAAUCCAGAUACAGAAGCAGUUAAAGCUGAAGUUCGAAAUUACGCUCUUAUAUUUGUCGGUAUUGGCGUUUUUUCUGGAAUCACCAAUUUCGUUAUGGUAUCCAUGUAUGGAGUCGCAGGUGAAUAUUUGACGGCUCGAUUAAGAAAAAGUAUGUUUGAGAAAUUGCUGCAACAGGAGAUUGGUUUCUUCGACGAUAAAAAUAAUUCCACCGGUGCUCUUUGUGCUCGACUCUCUGGUGAAGCAGCGGCUGUGCAAGGGGCAACAGGACAAAGAAUUGGUACAGUUCUUCAAGCGUUCGGUACGUUCAGUUUCGCGCUAGGCGUUUCGCUAUAUUACGAAUGGCGAUUGGGACUUGUUGCCUUAGCAUUCGUACCGUUGAUGGCAGCUGUACUUUAUAAACAAGGCAGAAUGGUCACAGCUGAAUCGUUUGGAACAGCAAAGACUAUGGAAUCAAGUUCAAAGAUAGCCGUAGAAGCUGUUGCGAAUGUACGCACAGUCGCAUCUCUGGGUAGGGAGGAAACCUUCAUUCAGGAAUACACUAAACUACUCAUACCAGCUCUUUUAAUUGCGAAACGAACAUGCCACUGGAGGGGAAUUGUUUUUGGCCUCUCUCGUGGACUUUUUAACUUUGUAUAUUCUGCAACAAUGUUUUACGGAGGACAUCUCAUGGUUUAUCAAGGCGUUUAUUACGCUACAAUUCUAAAAUCAGCUCAAACUCUUCUGAUGGGCUCGUCGUCAGCUGCUCAAGCAUUUGCGUUUGCACCUAACUUCCAGAAGGGAAUCAAGGCUGCAGGUCGCGUCAUUGUGAUAUUGAAUCGUCAAUCUAAAAUCAUGGACCCAGAUCAAGCCGCAGCCGAGAAUUUUAGAGGAACAGGUGAAGCGAGCCUCCAAAACGUGCAGUUUAAAUACCCAACGCGACCACUUAUUCAAGUAUUGAAAAACUUUGAUCUUGAAAUAGAGAACGGGAAGACUAUAGCGUUAGUCGGUGCCAGUGGAUGUGGAAAAAGCACCAUCAUACAACUGCUGGAAAGAUACUAUGACCCUGAUGAAGGCAUUGUGGCUCAAAAUGGCGUACCUUUACCAAAACUACGACUAGUAGAUGUGAGACAAACUAUAGGAUUCGUACAACAAGAGCCGAUUCUAUUCGACCGCACUAUUGGAGAAAACAUUGCGUACGGUGACAAUACGAAACAACUUGAAAUGGAUGACAUUAUAGAAGCUGCCAAACAAGCUAACAUACAUAAUUUCGUGGUAUCUUUGCCUAUGGGUUACGACACCAACAUUGGAUCGAAAGGCACACAAUUAUCCGGAGGUCAGAAGCAGAGAGUCGCUAUAGCUAGAGCUUUGAUUAGGCGACCUAAAAUGCUACUUCUAGACGAAGCAACAAGCGCCCUGGAUACUGAAAGUGAAAAGGUGGUACAAGAGGCUCUAGAUAAAGCAAAGGCCGGUCGAACGUGCGUUAUGAUCGCUCAUCGGCUGAGCACGGUGCGCGACGCAGACCUGAUAUGUGUACUUAGCGCAGGAUGCGUCGCGGAACGAGGCACGCAUUCGGAACUUGUUCAACUCAAAGGACUCUACUACAAUUUAAAUAGACGAGGAUAUACAUGAUGCGCCAAUAUCCAUUUACUUUGUAAUUAAUAUUUUACAUAUAAAUUUAAGUUAAUAUAGUAUAAAAUUUUAUAUCAUAACUAUAAUUUGGUACUCGGUUAAAAUUUAUUAUUUUUUCAUUUUAUUUUACAUUACUUUUGACAAAUUCUAUCGACAUAUUCAAGUCACCCAUUAACACUCAUCAACAAGAGAGUGAAAACGAAUUAAUCAGUUGAAAAAAACAAAUCUAUACUUUUAAUGUAAAUACAAUAAGAAAUUGGUUUUAAAAUAUUGUACAUAGUAUUUAUAUCAUCUUAUUAGAAUUACUGCUAUUUUUAUGGUUAUUGUUACCUACUUGGAUUUUAAGAUGCACAUAGAAACGUCUUGUUUAUAUCUUGGUAUUCAAGCAUAUUUUAUUUCAAUCAUGAAAAUAUAAUAAAUCAAUCAAUUUACAUAUAUGUAGUAUAUUUGCAAAUAAAAUGUUAUGUAAACAAGUUAUGUUACACACUGUUAUGAGUAAUUGUGAAAAAAGAAAUGCAAUAUUUUAGGAAAUAU